CUGCAUGGCAUUGGCUAUCGUUUCUUCGAACAUCAGUUUGCUUAUCAUAUUUCAAUUAUAUGUUUUCAUACACAUGAUUGUUUGAUCUGACAACUAUUGCCACUGAGAUAUUAGUUAUAUCCCAACGUUGGAUUUACCAGAAGGGGAAUUAAAAUGGCGGAAGACUUUCGCAAUGAUGAAGAAGAGGAGUUGCGUGAGGCUUGUGGCGUGUUUGGCUGUGUUGCGGCGUUACCGGGGAAGUGGCCAACACAACUAGACAUCGCUCACAUCAUACACCUGGGACUAGUGGGAUUGCAGCACAGGGGACAGGAGAGUGCUGGUAUUGUCACAAGUAUGGGAAAUGGCCGAACACGGCAGAAGAAAGGAAUGGGGUUUGUGGGAGCUGUAUUUUCAGAAGAAGACCUACAAAAGCUCAAGGGAAAUAUUGGAGUAGGCCACACCCGCUACUCCACGCAAGGUGCAUCAGAGCUGGUGAACAUCCAGCCGUUCGUUGUGGAGACAAUACAUGGGCUCAUCACUGUAGCUCACAAUGGGGAGCUGGUAAACGCUGCUGCUCUCAAGAAAGAGGUGUUACUACAUGGUGUAGGGUUGUCCACAGCCUCAGACAGUGAACUGAUCACACAGCUCCUGACCAGGACUCCAGAAUGUGGGGAGCCAGAAGGAGUCAACUGGGUCGGCAGAAUCAAGGCAUUGAUGUCAAAAGCGCCGACAUCAUAUUCAUUGGUUGUAAUGCAUGAAGACAAACUGUAUGCAGUCCGGGAUCCCUAUGGCAACAGACCACUGUGUAUCGGGAAGUUACUGCCUGCAGCUGUACUUACAGGCAAAUUUGAUGUCAACAAUGAAGCUGCCGAAGGAUGGGUCGUGUCUUCAGAGUCGUGUACAUUUCAUUCAGUUGGUGCAAGGUACCACAGAGAGGUGCUACCAGGUGAGAUUGUAGAAAUCAGCAGAGAAGGGGUUAAAUCUCGACACAUCGUCCCCAGACCUAACGGAGGACCGCCAGCAUUCUGUAUAUUUGAAUAUGUAUACUUUGCAAGGCCUGACAGUAUAUUUGAAGAUCAGAUGGUGUAUCGGGUACGACAGCGAUGUGGAGCCCAGCUAGCUAAGGAGUUCCCUGUUGAUGUUGACCUUGUCAGUACUGUUCCAGAAUCUGCCACCCCUGCAGCUAUGGAGUAUGCCAAGACGCUUGGAAUCCCUUAUCAAGAGGUUUUGUGUAAGAACCGAUAUGUCGGGAGGACGUUUAUUCAACCUAGCAUGCGUCUACGACAGCUUGGGGUCGCCAAGAAGUUCGGACCUAUCACUGACAACUUUAAGGACAAGAAAAUAGUGCUACUGGAUGAUUCCAUUGUUCGAGGAAACACAAUGAGAGCCAUUGUCAGAUUACUGAAGGCUUCUGGGGCCAAAGAGGUACAUAUCCGAGUUGCCUCUCCCCCCAUCAAGUACCCCUGCUACAUGGGGAUCAACAUCCCAACGAAGGAGGAACUGGUCGCAAACCAGAUGCCGAUGGAAAAGAUUGCCGAUUACUUUGGUGCUGAUAGUUUACACUACUUGACAGUUGAAGGGUUACAGAGGGCUGUAGAAGAAGGCAUUAAGUCCGGCCAGGAACACGGUCACUGUACUGCAUGUCUCACAGGGAACUACCCUACCAAGUUGGACUGGUGACGUUGUAAACUGUAAGCCAGAAGGUUUAAAUGAUACGGUGAAAGAUGAACACCACAAAGGGUAUACUCAUCCAUAUUGGUGCUCAGUUAUAUAUAGCUUUAUAGAGCCAAUUGUUGAGGAGUCCAUGGACCUAACUCUUACAGUGAAUUGUUUUGCUCAACUUUAUUGGUGUACACUUCCAAAUUUCUGUUAACCAUUACUAACAUUUAAUAGGGCUGAGGUCAGUGCUUUCAUUCACUAAAGACUGGGAUUCCACGUUGGGUAGAGAUCUCACUGACCUGGUUGAUGGCAUGUCAUGUUGACAUGGAGUUUUGCUCAUUAUAUUAAUCACUAGUUUCUCUGAUCCAUUUGUAUUCUGUCAACCAAACUCCAUUGUUAACCAUUCAUACGGCUGAACUUCGAGUUACUUUGACGAUCAUGGUCAAUGCUUUCAUUCACUAAUGGUGGGGAAUAUAUGUUAGAGCAGGGCCCCGUUUCACAAAGUACCUUCUAUACUGUAACAUAGACUUACAACAGUCGAAGCACUACGAUAGCUUUGUGAAACGGGGACCAGGUCCCCAGCAAUGCCUGCUUAUAGUAUGACUUGGUUGGUCAAUCUCAGUCACCUGAUUGAUGGCAUGUCAGCUCACCUCAACAUAGAUCUUUGCUCAUUUUAUGAUCACUAGUUUGUCUGAUCCAUUUGUUUGGAGACCUCGUUUAUAAGGGACCCUGUGAUUGUAUAUUCCAGGUUAAAAGUAUAGUUUCUUUGUGGAAGUGAAAAUGAAAUGUUUCAGGUGGUCAGGCCACGUAGCCUAAUUAAUGUCUUGUCAUUGCAAUCUGACAGCAUAUGAAAAUACUCAUAGUAUCAAUCACUGGUUUGUCUGGUCCGAGACUUGAUUUACAGGUUGCUGUAAUUUAGUUGGAUUAUUGUCGAGUGGGGCAUUAACAACAAUGCUUAAAGAAGCAGAGUGGUGUACAUGCUUACUUGUCAUGUGUAAGUUCUCAAUUUCCGUGUUAGAAAUAUUUCUGCAAGAUUUCAUCAUGAAACACGGAUACAGUCUGUAGCUUUCAUAUCCUUUGUUAUUUAUUACAUACAUUAGUUCUCUCAAAGAGAAAUACUCUGCUUAAAUUGUCAGUGUAUUGUACCAGAUGGAGAUGCAUUUUCUAUAAUGGCAAAAUUGUUAAUGUUUUUAUGACUGUGGUAGUGGUUGUGUUUCCACAUUAACCGUUACAAUUUCUUAUAAUUAUGACAAUAUUCAACAUUGUACAGAUGGUAUUGGUGACCCUACUUACUGCAUAGAGUUGUGCCCCUUGGGAUCUGCUGUUCAUAUCUUGAGGAUCUUAAUGUAAGUUUUGGUCCUUGGUUUCAAACACCCUCCUGUGUCAGUAACAUACAGGAUUUUGUACCCACCUGAACCUGAUACGACCUGGUAUAUCAAGGUAUUGUUUGUAUUGUUGAACAUGGAAUAUAUUCUUCAAGCAUAAUAUUUAUCUUGUAUUGAUCUUAAUGAAAUACUUCUAUUCACUAAUGAGCCUAGGUAGGUGUUCAGUUUCUGGUUUUCAUUAAUGGAGAAGUGGCAAUAAUUUGCUCAAAGAUUUGCAUUAAAUCUUCUUUUUACCUACUCACUCAUUCAUUCAUGGGCCUGUCCUGUUUAAAUAUUACUGGCCAACGACAUUCUGAUAAAUACCUAUAUAUUCACUCAUUCAUUCAUGAGCCUGUCCUGUUUAAAUAUUACUGGCCAAUGACAUUCUGAUUAAUACCUAUAUAUUCACUCACUCAUUCAUGGGCCUGUCCUAUUUAAAUAUUACUGGCGAAUGACAUUCUGAUUAAUACCUAUAUAUUCACUCACUCAUUCAUGGGCCUGUCUUAUUUAAAUAUUACUGACCAAUGAUAUUCUGAUGAUGACCUAUAUAUUUACUCACUCACUCAUUCAUGGGCCUGUGCUAUUUAAAUAUUACUGGCCAAUGACAUGGUGAUAAUUACCUAUACAUGUAUAUCCACUACAGAUGUAUACAAAAUAAUUUACCAAACUGUCAUGGCAAGACAUUUCGCUCAUAUCUCUGGUCUCUACAAUUCAGAUUCCUUACUGCGAAAUAACGUCAUGUACUGAUACUCUCAGUUAAUGUGUUCUUUAACUUCUUUUGAGAAAUUCGUUACCCUGGUAACAUGUUGUCGGGAGCUCUUGUGGUGAUAAGGCAACAAAAAACAAACACUUCACAUUUCAUUCUCCAUUUCUGGUCAAAUUAUUGUAAAGUAUAUAUACAUGGCAAACAAAAUAAUUCAUUUAAGGCAUCAGUAUGUAUGGUUCCACUCAGAGGGUACAUCUCCCCUCCAAUAAGCCAUCAACUUACAAGGUACACGUAAUACACCUGAUAAUACUGUUAUUAUUGGCAGUUAUCGUACUGCUUUCACACGUUAUAGUGUGUUAAACAUCUAUGUUUGUACAUAGUUUAUUACAUUUAUUAUGUAUCACAUAUGUAUCGAUCAAGUUCAAGUUGUUAUUCAACUGAUGUCUUGUACCUUGGUUGUAGAAGUCCUGCCUGUACAUAUUAACAACUUCAUGAUUGUCUUAGAUUAGGUUUUUGUGUAAGAUGCCUUUAAUAAACUAAAGGCAUUUGUGGAUAUAUUUUUUUCAAUAAAAACUUAAAGCUGCA